AUGGACGAGGCCGCCGGCGCCCACGACGCCGGCCAGGAGGGGCCUCGGAGGGCCGCGGGCGGCGCGGGGGUGGAGGUAGUGGCGGGGCUGGCCGGAGCGGGCGCGCACACGGCGACGAACGACGGCGGCAGAGAGCGUGCGGGGGGGAGACGUGGCCCCAGGCGGUGCGGUGAGCGGCGGGGCCGGGCGUGGUCGGCGCGGAGCAGAGCAGCGGAGCGGGGCCGCGCAGCGUGGGGCGCCGUCGAGCGCGGCGGCCAGCCGCAGCGGCGACAGAGGCGGGGCGAGGGGCGUGGCCCCGAGCGGCGUGCGCGGGUGCGGGACGGCGAGCUGCGGGCGCGGUGGCGCGGCCACGGGAGGAGGAGAUGGCGGGGACGAGGCGCGCCGAGGCACGGGGCCAUGGGGCGCCGGCCGGAGCGGGACGCGGGGUGCGGUGAGCGCGGUCGCGGGCGCGACCAGGGGCGAGCCCGGGCGCGGCCAACGGGCGCGAGGGCCACGGUGAGCGCGGGGGUGAGGGAGAGGGUAGGAGAGGGGGAAGGGCUCGCGCGAAGACGAGCGCGGCGGCGGGGCUCACAUUGCCGGUAG